CGACGAAUUUGCCCGGGCCCUAGAUUUGGAGCCAGUCCGCCCCGGGCGUAAAAUGUGGAAAAGAAGUGGUACAUACGCCAUCUCCCCGCACCACAAGCAGGUAGGAACCUCGUUUCGGCUUUUUUUAAAGAUGGCGCUUGUACCGUACACAAGAAAUGACUAUCUUCCUAUGUUUCAUGAAGAAACGCGUUCUUUUAAGUAUGCAAAUCAUACAAUUGAAAUAAAUCAAAACUGGGCAAAUUCUGGAGUUGCCGGUGUUGUGUGGGAUGCUGCUCUUAUCCUUGGAACAUUUUUGCAAAAUAUAUCAACUGGCAAUACGAAGUUAUCAGGCCUAGAUACAUUGCAAGGGAAAAAUGUUCUUGAACUUGGAGCUGGAACAGGUUUGGUUGGCAUCGUUGGCUACCUUUUAGGUGCGAAUGUCGUUAUAACUGAUACCAAAGCGGCUCUUGAAAUCACAAGAGAAAAUGUAGUUAGAAACCUGAAUGAGGAUGACGGUAGGAAGAACUUCUGGCAAGUGAAAGAGCUAUGUUGGGGAGUAGACUUAGAUAAGUGGAAGGAUACAUCAUGGGAUUUAAUAUUGGGAGCAGAUAUUGUCUAUGUUCAAGAAACUUUCCAAGAACUGUUAGAAACCUUAAAAAUUUUAACAGAUUCUAAUAAAUUAACCAAUAUACUUUUAUCCUGUAGGAUUCGUUAUCAGCGAGAUUUAGACUUUCUAAAGCUUCUAGAAAAAAGUUUCUUAGUUUCUGAGAUUUUUUACGAUAAAUACCACGAUGUAAAGAUUUUUAAUGCUAUAAGACACUGAAAAAAUAAAUAAAGUAUUUGUUUAUUUUAAGCCCAAUAUAUGUAGACAAACAGACUCUGGCCAGCUUUUUGGAUGUUUGCUCUUAACAAUAAUUUCCUUGGCUUUUUAAUUACUAUUCUACUAUGCUAUGUGAUAAAUACAUGCAAAAUAGUGUAACAAAAGAGGAAAACCUUUCUAUGUGUGAAAACAGGGGGCCAUGAAUCAAGAUAGAAACUUAACUUUUGUUUGAAACCUAGUAGUAUAAUAAUUCAAAUUUUAUACCACUCGAAGUACUUGUAAAAUUUCUCAGAUUUUAUAAAACUUAUUCUUGUGUAAAUAUCAGUUUGUUUAUGAACUACUGCUGACAACAAUAAUGAUUCUGAAAAACUCCUUGAAACAUUUUUCUUUUAACAUUCAAUGUGAAAUCAUGAAUCCAUUGCUCCUUCUAGUUUGAAUUUUUUUAUGUUGUAACUUGUUUUUUGCCAUUGAUUCUUUUUAUCACUAUGAUCAUGGUCUAAUAAAUAUAUAUGGUUAUUGGUGACUUCAACCGCAUUGGAAGAAUAUAUUUGAUUUUUUAUUAGGUGAAAUUUUGUCAAUAUCUGACAUGAUGAUGUUGAAAAUAUCUUUGCAUUCUCUGCUCUGUGCAUUCCUAAGAUUCUGUUAUUAAAUACUCAACUGAUUUGCCUUUUAAGAAGUUUUGUAACAUUGUAGGAUUAAUCAAGGAAUGCUAUUUUUCUGUUUACAUAGCCUGAACAAUUUGCCAAAGGUGUGAAUGCUGCUCCCCUCAAGCAAUAGAUCAAAUAUCCAUUGCUGGCCAUUUACUAAAAGUGAUCAUUUGGAAAGUAUUAUAUAAUUUAUGUAUAAUCAGCCUAAAAUCAUAAAGUAUAUUCCCAUGGUUGGUUCAUGGUUGUGACAAAAUAUAAAAUAGUCUUACUUUUUGUUCCUUCCCUGUUAUAACUUUCCCAUUAAAGACUCAUUGCUAACAAUGGUCCUUUGUGAGCGCGCUGACGGUCCAAACAAUGGCAGUAAACUUCUACAGAUUAACCAAAAUUGAUUUCAGACAGUCUAAAAAUACAUUAUGGGAUGCUUGCAUAGCACAAUGGCAUUAUGGGAUGCUUGCAACAAUACCCACUCUUUCCUCUCCAGGUAUCACAAACAGAUUUUCAAGCUGAUAUAGAAACAUAUUCCAUGGUUUCCUUUCACUUCAAAUGUUUUCCAUGUUAUUGUUAGAGCUUCUUGUUAAUAACUCUGCACUGCAUCAUUUUAACAAAGGUUUCUAAAUGUUUUGCAUCCCUUCAAAAAUAAUAUGACAUGGCAAUGUUCAUACAACUGCUGUCGCUUUUCCUGAAUUGACUUUUAGAAGUAUUAGAAUAUCGGGAAACUAUGUAAUUAAAAAAGUACAUUGUUCUUUAAAUCAGAUAGGUUUAUUUUUGGCAUAUUCAGAUAGUAGAAAUUUGUAGGUAAUUGAAAUUUUUACUCUAACUCAGGGCAAAAAAGCUACUUGAAAAGAUUUCAAAGUAAAAGGUCCUUUGCAAGUGCAAAUCCAGUGGUUUGCUAAAAAAAUGAGUGUGGCAACAGAUUCGAGCGUGAUUCUUAAACGAUUAUAAUAAUCAUUGAUAGUACUCACAAAUAUCUAUUCUCAGACAUUUGGAGAUUGUAGAUAAUUUCAAAACGAAAAAAAUAUCUAUGGAACUGUUAAAAUGUAUAGUUUUUAUUGUUAACUGUUCAGCACUUAUUUCUGCUAUAUUUCAGUUUUGCUUAGUGUCAUAAUUACAGAGUGGCUAGCAAACCAAAAUGUCCCUGUUCAUAGUGGGGCAGAUAAACUUUUUUGAGUCACACCAACUAAUGCAAGAAAAGGUUAGAAUAUGCUCAGUUCAAAUCAAUUAUUGACGGUUGUGGUCUCUAUUUAAAUCAAGUAUUCUAUGUAUGGAGUUAAACUCUGCACAAUAACAGCAAAACAAUGGUUCUAUUUGCAACUCCAAGAAACUCUAAUAACAGUUCAAAAUAAUAAUCAUAGUCUAACACUUUUUGCAAUAUUCUCAAGCAGGCCUAAUAUAUAUAAUAUUCUGAAAUUGAGCCAAGAAAAUAAUCAAAAAUUCAACAUGCAUGUUCUUUUCUUAUGUGUCAUCUUUUCAUUUGCCUAGGUUGGUAUCUUGGCUACAAUUUGAAAUCAAGUAACCUACAAACUUUUUCGCUCUAAAACAUCAUUAAGAGAACUUAAAAUGAUACAGAUUCCUUAGUCUGUACCAAACAGUUUACUUUUAAACACGUUGUUCAUUUAACAAUUUGAAAACAGAAAAACUUCAAUAUACCUUUUGAAGCAUGCACCUUUCAGAGGGUUUCAGAGAAAA